AAUGACGACGUCAACACCAAGGAGGCUCUCAUCACACACCUCAGUCUGGUUUGGAUGCAUGUACCACAGCACAACCAAGAGACGUCUACAGCCAUUAUUAUCCUAAUCAAUUAAAAGCCAUGUUAAAGAGAAUAUCCAAGCUGUCUUCGGCAGUGCCUCUUGAUCCGGCGGCAAUAUCUUCAGUUCUCUCGGCCAUCCGUUCAGAAACACUGGAGGGAGGUUACCAUGAUGGUGACGACGAUGAUGAUGAUGGCAGAUAUGACUUUGUCACCAUUGGAAACUUGAGUUAUCAACGUUCGGCCGUAUGUGAUGGGUGUUUUUGCCCUGCUUCCUGUCCUGACGAAACAACCAUUAUCCGGCGAAUUAUCCGAUGGGUAAAGAUCAUUGCUCGUAGUAAGCACGGUAUGACAGUGGUCUGUGGCAUCCUGCCGUUGGUGCUGGGUUUGGCUAUUGGGUUCUACGUGGGAAGAAGGUGGGAGCAGAAAAAGAAAGGCGACGAUGAAAAUAGCAGUAUGCAAGCUGGCAUCGUGCAAUCCUCCUUUUCAUGGAUGACUCGAGUUUGGCGCCACCAGUUGGCAACUCUGAGAAUGCUGCAGGCUUGGGCUGCCAGCCUGGUCCUCUUGCUCCUGUUUACCACCUCCACUUGGAACUCCCAACAAGAUGAAAAAGACUGUACCAAAAUGAACAUUUUACAAUCUACCUCUACUGAGGAAUCAGUACUCAUUACAGAGGAGGAAAGACGGGAGCAGACCCAAUUGCGAAGGCUAAAAGACCCCAGUCGAUACCGCCAAAGUGGUGUUGAUCGGGAUGUACUUCCCCAGCACAUUGCCUUCAUUAUGGAUGGGAAUCGACGAUACGGAAAAUCAAAAUACAAAAGUGUUUCUCGGGGGCAUAUGGAUGGUGGUUACAAGCUCAGAGAUAUGGUUCACUGGUGUCUCGAAGAGUGCGUCAGAGAAAUCACCGUCUAUGCCUUUUCGACUGAAAACUGGAACCGGUCUCAAGCAGAAAUUGAUGCCCUCAUGUCCAUCUUUUGCCAACAAUGCGAAGAGUUGAGGAAAGAAUCCGUGAAACUUCAAAUAGUUGUACGAGUUUUAUCCACCGAUGCUGACCCGAUACCACACCACGUAAAAGAAAAGCUCAAACAGCUCGAGGAAGAUACAAAGCACUGCCAAGGCAACUUGUUUCUCAAUGUAUGUUUGAGUUAUGGAAGCAGGGGUGAGAUCGUUGGAGUGUGUAAAAGCCUUGCAGAGGCUUGCCGUGAUGGUGAUUUGGCCAUUAACGACAUCAACGAGCAGGAAGUGGAAUCUCGCUUGCUGACACGAAACAGUCCUGCCCCCGACAUCCUCCUCCGCACAUCCGGAGAAGAGAGACUCAGCAACUUUCUAUUGUGGCAAUGUGCCUACACGGAAUUCUUCUUCCUGUCGAAGCAUUGGCCAGAUCUAGAAAAGGAGGACCUGAUAGGCGUCCUCAGGAGCUAUGCUCUUGGCAGAAAACGCAGGUUUGGCAAGUAAGCAAUGUGUCAAUCACUCCGGUAGAAUUUUAAAUCUCAGAAUUCUCUAGUCAGCUGGUCUUUUUUUUAAAUAUCGGUAGGUCAAUCGAGCGC